AUGAGGCUCCGCCGAAUCACCAUCAUAUCCAAGGGGUAUUCCAAGGCCUUCCGCCCGCCGCCGCCGCCACCACACGAUGCGGAUGAGGAGCGCAUCCCGGAUGCUGCUCUCGCUGAGACCGCCCUUGCCGCCCGCAGGCGCUGGCGCCAACACUUUGGGGGUUUGGAAGGCGGCCGGGAGGUAGCCCUUGAGCACUUUCUCAUUGAGGCCCAAGACCGCAUCAAUCAGAGUGCCGCAGCCGAUGUUGCCUGGCCGGCUCCUCCAGACAUCCGUCUUGUGCCCACAUGCGCGGACAUUCGUCGCCUUCUUAUGCAGGCGAAGCCGGGCAAAAGCCCGGGGAUGGACGGGAUACCCAAUGAGUUCGGACGUAUCUUUGCUGAGGUUCUGUCCCCUCACCUGCACCAUCUUGCCUGGAAAACUUCAUGGCGAGGUUCCGAAGCCCUUGGCUACAAGGCAGGUCAGGCUAUUUGGCUUUGCAAAGGCAAAGGUAGUUUUCAAGAAUGCACUUCCCACCGGUCCAUCCUCCUCCUUCUUGUAUGGUCCAAGAUUGUCCAUCAGGCCCUGCGACCGCCAAUGAAGAGUUUCUUUGAACACCAGGCUCCCAGCUUGCAGCUCGGGGGUAAGUCCCAAUGUACUGUUAUGUUUGGCAGCCAGCUCAUCCGGGGUAUUAGCAGGGUUGCAACGGCGGCCAGCAAGACCCAAUUCACGCUCUUUGCUGACAUCGCCUCUGCUUUUUACUGCGUGAUCCAACGUCUGGUGGCUAACACUGCGGCCACCCCUGAUGGGUUUGAUCCGGGGACGUUCCUCGACAGCCUCCAGUUAUCCGCCGAUGAGCGAGAGGCUUUGGCGGGGCGCUUGGCUGAACCAUCAGCCCUGGCCGGUAGGGGUGCUUCUCCCGGCUGGAAGCCCUCACCUGCCGCCUGCAAGAAGGGCUCACGCCCCGGGUCGUCUUGGGCGGAUCUCAUUUUUGCAGCCCUCAUCAAGCGCAUUCUGCUUCGACGAAAUGAGCUUCGAGCCGAGUGUGCACAGGUUUCCCGGCCACCUUCUUUUCCAUGGGAUGGCAUGCGAACCUUUCAGGCAUGCGAUGACUGCUCCGACCACAUAGAGAUAUCUGAAGUGGUGUGGGCGGAUGAUCUCGCUAUUCCGCGGCUCACACAGCCGCACCAGGCGGCGUGUGCACUAGGGAAAGCAAGUCCAGGAGUCCUCCUGCCGGUGGUCACCUCCUACCGCCACCUGGGCAGCCAACAAACCCCCGGAGGAGGUUUGCGAGCUGAGAUUGCUUACCGCAUAUCACAAGCACGUGCUGCCUCCGCGGAAGGCCGCAGGAAAGUGUACCGUAAUCCCGCCAUCAGUCUUAUGCGCAAAGCCUUCAUUCUUCGUUCGUCUGUCCUUCCGAAGCUCUUCUUCGGUGCAGGCUCGUGGGGGCCGGUUACCAAAUGUGAGCGGCGCUCCAUUUCAGGGGCCCUGUGGAGCUUUUAUCGCAGCCUACUCGGUAUAGGCAAGAUGGAGGACCAGCACCUGGAUGCUCACACCUGCUUCGCUUUACUGCAGAUGCCCAGUCCCAGUACCGCUCUCCGAUUUCAGCGGUUGCUGUACAUCUCGCAAAUGUUGGCUGUUGGUCCGCCGGAGCUUUGGGCCUGCCUGAGGGCGGAUAGGGACCAUGCGGAGCUCCUUUCCGCGGACCUCCAAUGGCUCCAUUCCUACACCUGGCGAACCACUGGACUGCCCUGUCCUCGCCAGGAUUGGGCCAGUUGGCGCAUUUUUAUCUCUCAGACCCCGGGUAAGUAUAAAGGCGCUGUGAAGCGGGCCCAGGUUCUUGAUGUGCAUAGGCACACUGUCCUAGCUGCCCUCUCCGGCCUUCACCGUGCCCUUCUCCUCGUUUGCAGCCCGGUCUGCCUAGUAUGCCGACGAGCUUUUCACAGCCGUCUCGCAUGGGCUGGUCACAGUGCUCGUAAGCACGGUUACCGCUCACACGCACAUCUUUGUGCGACAGGCAGUACCUGCUGCGCCUGUGGUCGAAGCUACUCCAGCCUUGGCAGACUUCGUCGGCAUUUGGUGUCCAGCCCCCAAUGCGUUCUUAAUUGGGGCCGUUUUGUCCCCGAUUGCAAUGGCCGGAGCGACGCUCCACACCCGUUGGCAUAUCCAGCUGCAGUGCCUGGUUGUUAUCAGCUUGAGUUUGAGCCGAGCAUUCGACUUGAUGUUGUUGCCGGGCUCCUCGCUGAUUUGAAUGCCAUCUCUCCGGUCAGUGAGGAUGAGGCUUGGGCCGCCAUCUCCUCCUAUGUGGAACCACUUGACGCGCUUCGCGCCACGGUUUCUGCUUGGAAGUCGGAGGAUCCCAGUUGUGCGGACAGAUCCUCUACGGCUGAUAACAUGUUGCUCCUCCUGGACGUCGAUCUUCUGGCGGACACAUAUCAGCCUUGCCGCCCCGCGCGUGCUUUCCCGCAAGAUGAUGCCCCUGUUUGGACUUGCCCUGGACGUAUGGCCUUCGCCAUUAGUGGCACGCCCCGCACCUUCCGUGUUGAGCCGCCGCCCCCCUACGUCCUCAGGCACGACAUCCCUACCAGUCUUCGUCUCCGUGAAGCUGUUGCGCACACCACCUGGUUGGAGGCCACUUGCAGGACCGUCGCACAUUGUGUCACUGCUGCCGCGAGUCAGCCCUGCCGUUUCGUCUGCCCUGGAGUUCUCAGUGCCUUAGGCCCUGCUAAGGAUUGGCUCCUGGCAGCAGGCUUUCAGCCGAUGGAUUUCGGCUUUCGCACGCCGUGCGAUUGA